AUGGCCUCCCUCUCAGAUUUCAGUGUCUUUCUCGGUUAUACCUCUAUCCUGUGUUGGCUCGGUGCCCAAUUUCCCCAGGUCCUGGAGAAUAUCCGUAGACGCUCGUGUGAGGGACUUGCUUUGCCUUUUCUUGCCAAUUGGCUACUCGGCGAUAUUUCGAAUUUGAUUGGUUGUAUCCUCACUAAGCAACUACCAUUCCAAACAUGGCUCGCAGCGUACUUUGUUUCAGUAGACUUGGCGCUUGUAGGUCAAUAUGUCUAUUAUCAACGUGUAAACCCUCCUCCUAGUCGAGCAAGAUCUCGGAUUCGUCCCAUGUCGGUUGGUGACCGACCUUCGCCGCGUUAUCGUAGGCUAUCCGCUGUUGCAUCCAAUGUAGCUGCAGCUGCAGCUUUAGCAGCCCAGCAUGAGGAACACAGCGCACCUCGUCGAGCACAUAGAUGGCCUCAAUCAAGCCGGGACACCUUUUUCGAAUCAUCGGGAAGUCGAAUUUCGAGGGACGAUGGAGAUGGAGAUGACGUAGACGAAGGCGCUCUAUCUGCAUUAGCGGACAGUUUCCACUCGGAGCGAGGUCAAACCCUGGGUAACAACCAAGUACCGUGGAAUACGGAACGGCAGAGGAGGGGAACCAGUGUCGGAAGAUAUCCUGCCUUGACCCGAUCAGCUUAUCUUCCUCCAUUGCACACUUCGACUUUCGAUAAUGCAGUAGACUCCGCCGCUCGCGGAAGGACAUUACAGCGAGAACCUGGACAAGACCAUUUGGGACAAGUGCUACCGUCCACAUCAGUGGGACGAAGCUCGCGAGUGAGCAAGCAGACUGCUGGCAUGGUCUUUCUUGGAGUCUUUGCUAUGUUCGGACUGGGAUCUUUCACAACCUCACGGCACAUAGCAUCGCCUAUCAACGCGUCCAGAACCGGACAAGUUGUAUCACUUCGAGCUAGGAAUUCAUUGGAUAGAAUGUCUCCGACAGAUAACCUUGCGCCGUCGUCUUUGAUUAAUGAAUACGCGUCUAUCGAUAUUCAUACCAUAAUCAGUAUACCCCAGACUACCAACGUACCUUCCUUUGAACCCAAGAUCAUAGAGGACUCUAAUGAACGUAUAAUCGGACGUAUAUUUGCAUGGGUGUGCACUACACUUUAUCUGACAUCUCGAUUACCCCAAAUUUGGAAGAAUUAUGUUAGGAAAUCGGUAGAAGGCUUGUCCAUGUACCUCUUUAUCUUUGCGUUCCUGGGAAAUACCUUCUACGUCGCUUCUAUCCUUACUUCCUCAGAAGUAUAUCAGCCAGCACCACGUUCUACGGAUUUCAUUAAAGAAAGUAUUCCAUAUUUACUAGGAAGCGGCGGAACCCUAGUAUUCGACCUCACGAUCGUUACUCAGUCUUUUAUCUAUCGUCCAAAACCUCGCCGCCAUCGUUCCCGAAGCAGGACGACAGCAGAGGAGGAGAGUGGAUUACUUGCUGGAGACAUAUUAGCACAUUCUCCACAAGAGGAAACCAAUGCUCAUUCGAGGACACGGACCGCCUAG